AGCCGUGACCGGAAGUGCCCGCCCUGAGGGGUGGAGUCUAGGUGGCGGCAUCGGCGGCGGUUGCCAGGAGCCCGCGUUGUCGCUUCUGAAACCCGUAAUAUGGCGGGGAGGGGAAGGCGGCGGCGGCAGCCUGAACUGUUCUGUCUCAGUACCAGUUGAACCUUUUGAUUUCUGGCAAGGCUGGUGGCGAAGGGAGAAAAGCUGACGGGCCCGCACAGGCGUCAGGUGUGUGAAUGAGGAGGGGCCGACCCUCCGCGCGUCGCGGCGGGGAGAGGCGACGUUGGUGCCCAGAGGUGCUGAGGGGACGACGGGUGUGACUGUUGGACAAUGGAGGAAUAUGAGACGUUCUGUGAAAAAAGCCUUGCCAGAAUCCACGAUGCCUCCAGACCCCAAGAGAACUUUCUGCCAGCCCUGACUGAGGGUGCCUCGCUGAUUCACUUCCGUGGGGUGGCCGUGCUUUCUCCGCUGCUUAACAUUGAGAAAAGGAAGGAAAUGCAGCAAGAAAAGCAGAAAGCACUUGAUGUAGAAGCAAGAAAGCAGGAGAAUAGGAAGAAAGCAUUGCUGAGUCGUGUCCAGGAGAUCAUCGACAGCGUUCAGGUCAGAAAAGCACCUAAUGCCAGUGAUUUUGAUCAGUGGGAGAAGGAAGUUGUUUACUCCACCUCAGACAUCCGAAACUUGAAUGCCCCUGAUCCGCCAGCGAAUAGCUUGCCAAGCCCUGCUGAACAUGUGACUUUAGCAAAGCUUGAAAAGAUAACUGGAAUUUUACCUCUGGAUAACGAGGACCUGGGUAAAGCUCAUGAGAUGGACUUGGCUGGAGACUUGGGAGGAUCGAUUUCUGCGAAGCAGCGUGAUCGUUCAGAUGCUAGUGACUCAGAAAAGGAAGCUUCCUCGAAGACCUCCCCGAUCACGGCCACGGCCACAGCCCAGGAGCCGCCCCCUCCCCGCCCUGCCACCCCCAUCCCCCCAAAAGAAGACCUGGAUCCCGCACUCUUGGCCGAUGUCAUCCCAGAUCCCUACGUACUGAGUUUGCAGAACCUGAUGAAGAAGUCCAAGGAAUAUUUAGCCAGGGAGCAGUCGAGACGUGGACUGAGAGGCAGCAUGAGGAGAAGUGUUGGGGAGAGUCAUUCAGACAAAGAAAAUGACGCUGUCCAGGCACCUGGCGGUGUCAAGGGGAAGGCCCCACCGGUGAGCUCACACUGUGGCUCCUGUGGCUCAGCGGUCACCGAUCAGCCAAGCCUUCCCGAGCCUAGCGCCUUUCUGCAAGGUGCUGCCCCUCACGCCAGCAGCAUGAGUGUGUCUGUCAUAGCCAGCUCUCCUCAGGGUGACCUCUCCGUCCGAACCAGUCAUCCCACCAUCGCAGGUUCUGACUCUGACUUCCAUGUUACUCCUCCUUUUGCUACUGAAAAUAAUGUUAUCAAAAGUCUUACGGGUUCCUACGCCAAACUGCCCAGCCCAGAGCCAAGUGUGAGCCCUCAGAUGCAUCGAAGGCGUUCCAGACCUUCAUCAGCCUGUCAUAUACUUAUAAAUAAUCCAAUAAAUGCCUGCGAAUUAAGUCCCAAAGGAAAAGAACAGGCAGUGGACUUAAUUUUGGAGGAUCGCAAUGAAAAACCAAAUGUGCCUGAAACUGUGCCAAAGUUACCCAUGGAUUUAGCAGGAGUUUGUUCAAGCAAGGUUUACGUUAGCAAAACAACCUCUGAAGCUUCGGAAGAGACCACUUUAGGUAAGUCAGAUCAGGCAUGUCAAUCUCCAGGCCAUCAGGUAGAAAAUAAAGUUUCUCCCGGCCUUGCUGCUGGGGAAGGUCGGAUAACGCCUGAUGAGAGAGGUGCACACGGAGUGCCCAGGCCUUGUGCUGUGGUGCCAAGACUGCCGGAGCCCUACGCCGCUAGCCAGCCUAUAGCAAGUCACAGCUCUGGUGCCUUGAGUGGACUCAAGUCAGCCAGUAUGUCAGAGAAAAACUGCAGUUUACAGACGGAGCUGAAUAAGUCCUAUGAUGUGAAAAAUCCGUCUCCUUUACUGUUGCAAAACCAAAACCCCAGACAGCAGGUGGACACACCUGCCAUGACCGACGGGAGCGAAAAAUUUCUGGAUAACAGUUUGGAGAAAGUUAAACGGAGACUUGAAUUAGAUAUUGAUAGUUUUCAGAAAGAAAACUACCCUUAUGGCCUAGCGACUGGAAUGGCUGAACAGGAAAGGCCGCAUUUACCAGAGAAAAGAUACCCCAAGGGAUCUGUCUACAAUAGCAAGAAUAAAAUACUGGAGACUAGUUUCAAAGAAGGUGAGGGGACACUAAAAAGCAAGAUAUUGGCAUUUGAAGAAAUGCGGAAGAGACUAGAAGAACAGCAUGCCCAGCAAUUAUCGCUGCUCAUAGCUGAGCAAGAAAAGGAGCAGGAAAGGUUGCAGAAGGAAAUAGAAGAACAGGAGAAAAUGUUAAAAGAGAAGAAGGCAGCUACACUGGAUGCCUCAGAGUUGGAUAUUAACAAUGCAGUCGACUUGGAAUGGAGAAAAAUCAAUGAUUCUGGUUUGCUGGAAUCAAUGCUUUGUCAAAUGGACUCGCUGCAUACAUCAGCUUUGAAUAGUUCUGGUUUCACAAAUUCUUCUCUGCAGUAUAGCUUUGGUUCUGCAAGUGAAGCCCCCUUCUACCUUUGGGGAUCGUCCACUAGUGGCUUGACCAAACUAUCAGGAACAAGGCCUUUUGGAAGGGUUAAAGCUAGAUGGUCUCAGGUUAUUAGUCCAGAAGUACAAGCAAAAUUUAAUAAAAUAACGGCAGUGGCCAAAGGAUUUCUUACCCGGAGGCUUAUGCAGACAGAUAAGCUGAAGCAACUUCGGCAAACUGUGAAAGAUACCAUGGAAUUCAUCAGAAGUUUCCAGUCAGAAGCGCCAUUGAAGAGAGGUGCUGUUUCGGCCCAGGACGCCUCUCUGCAGGAGAGAGUGCUGGCUCAGUUGCGAGCGGCCCUGUAUGGUAUUCAUGACAUAUUCUUUGUCAUGGAUGCAGCUGAAAGAAUGUCUAUCCUACAUCACGACCGAGAAGUUCGCAAAGAGAAAAUGCUCAGGCAAAUGGAUAAGAUGAAAAGCCCCCGCGUGGCUCUUUCAGCUGCAACCCAGAAAUCUCUGGACAGGAAGAAGUUCAUGAAAGCUGCUGAAAUGGGAAUGCCAAAUAAGAAAUUUCUGGUCAGACAAAAUCCAGCUGAAACAAGAGUCCUUCAGCCCAUCCAAGGCCAGAAUGCACCUGCUCAUAGGCUACUUAGUAGACAAGGAACCCCUAAGACAUCAGUGAAGGGGGUUGUGCACAGUAGACAGAAGCCUUCACAGAGCAGAGUGCCUAACAGAGCGCCUGUGGCAGGAGUAUAUGCAGGAAAAAUCCAAAGAAAGCGGCCAAAUGUUGCGACAAUUUAAGAAGACAGCAUUCGUUAGGAUAAAAAGAGUGGGAAGAUUUAAUCACCCAUAUUAUUUUCUCUGUACCAGGUUUUUUACUGAAGCCUGGACCCUUGUUGAUGCAGGCUGGAUGACAUCAAAGGGCUGAGCAGUUAUGGGCUAAUUUGGUCACACUGGUUAAUCCUGCCCCACAGCCCUGUUCCCCCCUCGUGUUAUUAGGUUGGGAUAGAGCUGAAUAAUUGCUUUACUUUGUACAUAAGCUGCUCAGACCUAAGUUUGUUUUAUGCUCUCAUAUGCCUACAGAGCCCCUUUUUGUAAACUGAAAGGACGUUUGGAAUCUAUUUUUAUGAAAUACUGAAGAGACAGGGAAAAUUAUAAACAGGUUCCAAAAUACAUACAUGUCAGUCGUAUCUGCCCACCGAUUGCUGAAUUUGACAAACAACUUAGAUACUGUUCUAGCAAAGGUGAAAUUACUGCAGAAGCAUGGAUUUCCCUGGUGUGGCAACUUCCAGAUACUCAGCUCAGUCUCUGUGUCACUUUGUGAGCACGGGAGACGUGAUGCUGCCUGCCGGCUGUGGUCUGCCUGGAGUCCACCGCAGAGGAAGUGUGGGUCACCAUUUGGAUGGAAGCAUAUGUUCCGGUCCACAACU